UGUGAUAAUUGUAAAAAUCAGAUAAAAGAACAGCUAACCCAUGAAAAUUGCAUAGGAGAUAUUCUUCAUUUAUUAGAUAUUGUUGAGGAAAUGGGUAAUAGUAAUUGUGAAAUUACUGAAGAUGAUGUGGUAGAAAUUUUUU